UUACCGAUAUAUAUUUUUUCGUUGUGUUGUGAAUUACAUAAAGCCACACGUGCAAAAUAAAAUUUUCGAUAAAUAAAAUGAAAGAUUAUGCCAUAUUUGACAAAGAAGAGAAGUAGAGAAGAAAAGUGAAAGAGUGUGAUAUUGUGUAUUUCGAUAACAGACAAUUAUUCAUGAGGAAAGAGACAAGACCUCAUUAUAAUAUUUUUGUUGCCUUUACCGGAGUGCGAUGGACACAUUAGAAGUGAUGAAUUAGACGACUUGAGAUAUAAAAGAAUCUCAUCUAUUUAAUUUGCGAGACGCACUUAAGAUUCUUUAUAUAUUUAAGAUUCACAUUUCUAACCAUAUAAUAUCCAGCUAGCUAUAUUUUUCGCGCGCAAAGCUUUCAUUGUGUCAAUCUACUAGCCACUCCUUGUCAUGACUGAUUUUAUAUCCGAAUCCGAGGACACGCGAUGCUGAGAAAUUGAGACUGCUGAAUCGCACUAUUUCCAAGAAGAAGAAAGAGUUUGUAUACUUAAAAGGAGAGAAUUUAUGCGACCCUGUGUACACAAUGGUUAACUGCAACUACUACCAGCAAGGCAAUUGCCGUUAUGGGCAAUAUUGCAAAUUCGAACACAUAAACACCAACACCAAAGCCGAGCAUAACGAGGAUGACAUCGCUAUCACUGUUGCUAAGGAGAUACUCCUUGCGGAGAGGGGUGGCCAGUGGCUACUGUCAUGUUUCGGGCCAUUUAGAGAUCGUCCUAUUAUACCAGGCAUGGAUGAUCUCUCUCCAGAAGAAGUGCGAUGCGAGAUAUACGAAGCACAGAAAAAUGGCCUGGUUGAACAAGCAAAAUUACACUAUCAACAAUUGUGCCAAGAUAUGAAAGCGAAGAGAGAAGCACUGAAAAAUCCCACCAGAGAGACAAUUACAAUGUUGAAAAAGAUUUUGGGAAGUAGUCAGAAAGCUCCUCAAUUGGGCCUAGUUAAUAACACAUCGACUAAUAAUGUAUUCGGAAAUAAAACUUUCGUGCAAAGUAACAAUCCAUUUGGCGGAGGAGGAUUCACAUCUUCGAGUAACACAUCAUCGAUAUUUGGAAAGAGUAAUAAUAAUGCAGCGCCGAUGUUUGGUAGUACCACGUCCUUUGGGAACAAUCUCGGUGGAUUUGGUACCGCGACGAGCACCAACUCCUUCUUCGGUGGGACAACCAAUACUUCGACAUCGUUUAAUAGCGUACAGAACAACACGUCAACGUUUGGGACACCUUCGAAUAAUCCACUCUUUGGUGGAUCGCCGCAAAGCGUGUUUGGUCAAAACACUAACAACGUGUUUGGUACCACGAGCCAGCUCGGCAACGCACCUUCCGCUUCGCUGUUCAACAGUCCAAUGACUUCGCAAGCAAACCCUAUAUUUGGCGGAGCAACAACCACAACGCCCAACUUAUUCGGCGGCUCGUCAUCGUCCGGCUUACAGACAAACUCGGUCUUCGGCGCCUCCACCACCUCAUCCGGCUCAUCUUUCAACGGCGGAAUAUUUAAUCAACCGAAGACGCAGAUGCACGCGUUCGGCGGGGCCCCAGUUUUCGGCGGGGUAACUCCCAGCUACGCCAAUAAUUCUAGCGGUAAUUCCAUCUUCGGCAAUGGUCAAACAUUCGGCGCCACCACGGCGAUACCCACGAGCAGUAUUUUCGGAGGAUCUACAGCCGUCGCGACCCCGGCUUUCGGGGUAUCCGCCGUUACGACAACGCCGGCUUUCGGUGCCUCUGUUACCACAACACCGGCCUUUGAUCUGAACCAACAGCAUGCUAAUAAUACCUUCGGAGCGACGGUGUCCGCCCCGAAUGUCUUUGGUGGGACGCAAAAUACCGAUGCCACCAUGUCGCUAGGCAACAGCAAUGCACCUUUUGGAACAUCCAUCACCGCUGGACCCUUUGUCACCGUAAAUUCGCAGCAAUACGAUUCUACGAGUGCAACCUCGACACCGUUUGCGGGAACAGGAUUCGGCAUGGCUGUCCCAAGUAGCACGUUCGGCACCAUGGAAACGUCUUCCAGCUCUAUAUUCGCGAAUGCAGGAACCAACUUCGCAACCUCCAACGCGACCAUGCCGAAUUCUUCGUUCCCCACGUCGACGUUCGGCAAUAUUAAUGCCUCCUCGUCAACUCUCACGACGAAUGCAAACCCAUUCGCCCCGCGGACUCAGCAAGGUGUCACGCCGUUCGGAAGUGUCGCGCAAACUCAAUCCGGUACCAUCGACUUCUCCUCUCCGUUCGGGAAAUCGCCGUUCAACGCCAUGAAUAAUAUUGUUAUCGACGAUACUGUUUACAGCAUGGAAGGUGCAUUAACGGAUGACGAAAAGAGCAUGUAUUUGGCUGAGAAAUUUAUUAUAGGUAAAAUACCACUCAAACCUCCUACCAAAGAUAUAAGGUAAUUUCAUUCGUAGAUUUAUAAAUAACGAUACGUAUGUGCUGUGAUAAGGACGUGGUUUUGUUGCUUGUAAAUAUCCAAAUUUUUCUACAAUUCAAUAAUGUACAUAUAAACUUGACUUAACUUAAAAUAUAUAAAAUCAGAUUCUUAGUACAAAUUAUGGUCGGAUAAUUAAGAGCCUUUAGCGUGACGUUAAUUUGAGCUUCGAAUGUUGUACAAUUUGAAGAAUUUGAAAACUUAAUGCGAGACAAUAUAAAUAAAAGUAUUAUAAAACCAUAUCGAUGUGCAAAAGUGAUUUUGGUUUGAGAGAUACGAUUCAAUAUACAGGAUAUAUUUUUUGUACUAAGAACUUUUGAUUUAUUGAAAUAAAUCAUUGUUAACUCGACAGUCCAUGUUUGUCAAUUAAAUAACACGUCAACGUAAAUCAAAUGUACAAUUUUAAAUAAAUAAUACAUGUUAUAUUUA